AGGGUUGUGAAUGUGAAUACAGGUUCUAUUAGUCGUGCUACAUGUAUAUGUAGUUAUCAUAUAUGUAUAUAGAAUACCAUUGUCGAGCCAAAUGUAAGCUACUAAAAGCAGUGACAGAUCGAGGGAGUUAACUAGUUAAGAAUGAAGAAGUAGGCUUAAAAGUGAGGGUUGAGAAAGAGGUGUUGGAAACAAAGCUCGUGUGUAAUGCAAUUCUCUUGAAACCGCAGAAUCAGGCAACACAAAAGCGGUUGACCGAUAGUUAAUAGAUUGGACUCUCAUUUUAAGAGUUGAGAGCUUUCUGUAGUGCAUUACAUUGCUUAAAAUCUUAUAAAUUAUAAUACACGCAUAUUUAUAUAUAUAUAUAAAGCAGUGUACUCUAAUUUUGUUGGUGCAGUAUAAAGAAAAUACAUAUUAUAUUCGUGCGGUAUCCGCCCUUUAUUGCAAUAAAAGAUGGCACCGUCGUGUUUUGAAGUGAUCCUAGUCGGUUUUAUCCUUGUGUUACCAUUCUUAUACGAAAUGAGCACGAUUUUUCGUUAUUAUUUCAAAUUCCUUCUGUACUAUGGAUAUGUGAUGAUAAAUUCUAUUGCAUUACUCCCAAUUAUGAUAUUACGUCCCCAGAACGUAAAAAAUUUUAUAUUGGCAUCAUCUGUAUGUUCUUGUCUCACUAACUUGUUGGGAGUCCGCUGGGAACUUAGAGGUAGAGAACAUUUAGAACAAGAAAGGGCAUGUAUAAUAGUAGCAAAUCAUCAAAGUUCUUUAGAUAUAAUGGGAAUGUUCCAAAUAUGGCCUGUAAUGGAAAAGUGCACAGUUGUAGCAAAAAAGGAACUUUUUUAUGCAUGGCCCUUUGGUUUGGCUGCUUGGCUUUGUGGAUUGAUAUUUAUAGAUAGAAUGAAUUCAGAAAAGGCCCGCACAGUUAUUAAUACUGCCACAAAUCAUAUUAAAGAUGAAAAGAUUAAACUAUGGAUAUUCCCUGAAGGCACCAGAUAUAAUACUGGUAAAAUUCAUCCCUUCAAAAAAGGUGCCUUUCAUGUUGCAAUUACCUCCCAAUUACCUAUAUUACCAGUCGUAUUUUCUUCUUAUUAUUUUUUAUCUUCAAAAGAAAAAAGAUUUGAUUCUGGUCGAGUUAUUAUAACAUCAUUACCACCAAUAUCUACAGAGGGAUUAAAUAAAGAUGAUGUUGAACAUUUAAUGCAAAAGACAAAAAAUGUUAUGAUGGAAGUGUUUCAUACAACUAGUUGUGAAGUACAGUUUUCAAAUACUUCUGUUACUUCUUAGAGUAACUUCUUAGUCAUUUUUUUUAUCAAUUGAGUAAAAAUUUUAUCAUUCAUACUAUGAUUUUAACUAAGUCUCAGCUUGAAAACCAAAGAACAUUUUCCUAUGUUUUUUUAGUCAUUGUUAUUUUAAUAAUAAUAAUUUUUUUAUACUUAAGAAUGUAAUAAGAAAAAGAUUACACUAUAAAACAGGUUUUAUAAAAGUACGUAGGAAUUUUGAGGAACAAAUGGCAAUCUUAAUUUUAUUUUUGUAUUGUAUAUAUUAUAAAUCUAAAUCCAUUUUACAAAUUUUUUAAAUAUUAAUAUUCAUAUACAUCCAGAUUUAGAUCAUUAUACAGUAAACUGUAUGACCAGUUUUUUUUUUCGAAACAUUUAUAUGAAAUUAUAUGAAACUAUUAAUAAUUAAGAAUCAAAAUUAUAUGAAGCACAUUUUAUUUCGGACAGUACUAUUACAAAUGUAUUACAUGCUUCCAUUCAUUCAUACAUUUUGGUAUACAAAGGCGGUAAGUUAUAGACAAGCAAUGCUACUAUGUAUGUAUAUAUCUUUCUGUAAUAUUUCCAUUUAUUUACAUUCCUACACUUGUAGUAAAAUGUAAGUAUUAUUGAUAAUUUAAAACAUUUUAAGCCUAGUGAAAUUAUAUCUACAUAAAUGAUUCAUUCAACCAAACUUAUGAACAUGACUUUAAUGUUCUUAUUUGGAAAAAUUCAUAAACUACUAUAAAAUUCGUAUUUAUAAUUAAAUAUUAAUUAGUGAAGUAAUGUCUAAUAUUGUAUUGUAUUCCUUUGGCAUAUAUAAUUUUCUCUAAGAAUUAUACUAUUUCCAUGGUUAAUAAACUGCUAAAUUAGGAUAAUAGUAAUAGUAAUAGAUAGAAUGCAUUAAAUUAUACUCCAUUUUUUUGUGAUUUUAAAUUAAAAAUGUUGAAUAAGAAAACUAUGUGUGAGAUUACACUAUGAUCUCAUUAUUAGGAACAUAAAUAUGUAGAAGUGUAAACUUAACAAUGAUAUUUUAAAACAAGGGUUACUAAGAUAACGAACGUAAUUGAAAAAUAUGUAAUUUACAGCCUAGAUAAUAUUUGCAUUUGUAAAUAUUUGAAAUCAGAAAUUACAUAUUUUUAAUGCAAACUAAUUUAUUUUGAAGUGCCAUUUUUAUAAUUAUUUUUUCGUAUCUUGUACUGUAAUUUACAGAAUCAUGUUACUCAGUAUGAAUAAAAAGUUGUAAUAUUAAAAAUUUUAAUGAUAUAUGUUUAAAAAGCAACUGAUAUUAUCUCAACACAGAAUUAAAAAAUAUAUCCUAUUUUACCAUUGUUAAAUACAAUAGUAACAUGAAUAAAUUAUGGCAGCAAAUAAUAAAAUAUCCAAGUUUUACACAAUUAACAUAAUAUACUUUAUUUAACCAAAAAUAUAUUACUUUUGGAAAAAUGUAGUAGGCCUCUUUAUAAAAUUAAUAGUUAUUUGAUAGAAACAUAUACAAACGAUAUAUUUUGUUUCUAUACCUAAACUUACUUUGUACAUUAAUAAUUUAGAAUAUUAAUGAACUUGAGGUAUAUGUAAAGAUAAAAUUAAAAAAUGUUAGGUAGUCCAGCUGCUUUUUCUGUC